ACAACUGCUAUCUCAAUCAAAUGCAAGCAAAACCAUCACCAUCGUCUCUUGAGCGAAGGGGUGCAAAUCAAGAAGUGACCGAGAAGCGCGCAUCGAGUGCGAGUGCGGGAUCAAAAGGACCAACGCUGAGCAGAACAGCUUCGACAAUCCAAAGCGUUGCGCGAGGGUGCACACCCAACUAGCUGACCCGAAACCCCAUCUCUUCGAGCCCGCAAUCCCCAUUGCCUGACUUUGAAAGAUGGCCGCAAAAAACGGUACCUCCAGCUCCUCCACAUCAGUGCUGGCUCCUGCCGACUUCUACGUGCGGUACUACAUCGGUCAUCAAGGCAGGCAUGGACACGAAUGGUUAGAGUUCGAAUACAACAGGGGAAGAUUGAGAUAUGCCAACAACUCGAAUUACAGAAAUGAUAGUUUAUUGAGGAAAGAGAUGUGGGUCUCACCGUUGCUCAUCACGGAGCUCAAGAGACUGGUAGAGGAUAGCGAAAUCAUGAAGGAAGACGAUGCGAAGUGGCCCAGGAAGAACCAGUUGGGCAGGCAAGAGUUGGAAAUCAGGUUGGGUAAUGAGCACAUCUCUUUCGAAACUGCAAAGAUUGGCUCGUUGGUGGAUGUGCAAGACUCGGAGGAUCCGGAAGGUCUGAGGGUAUUCUACUACCUUGUUCAAGAUCUCAAGUGCCUCAUCUUCAGCUUGAUCAACCUGCACUUCAAGAUCAAGCCAAUCUGAGCGGCGUUGUCAGCGCACAAAGUCUGGCUUUCGAGGCAGCUCAGCAGCUCUGCCACAUCUCGACGAAUAGUUGCCAUCAAAUCGGGGCAAGCGAAGAGAUUGGAGAGCAUGCGUAAUGAAUCACACUUCUCUGCCCAACCUGACUAGACACGAUUGUGAAGCGUUCCAUGGCCGAGCGCAAGUCACCUUCUCUACCUGCCUUUGAGAAGCGCACGUGCUUGUCUUGUCCUGCGCGCGUGUGUCCCUGUUGGCGCA